CCAUCGUGGGUCUCAGGAGAAGAGGGAGGUAGCUUGGUGGUAGAUAUCACUCAUGGCUCUCAGAAUGUCCGUCAUCCCAGUAACCGCCGUUCGAUCGGAAGCCACAAAUUCCAACGGUGCUCUUCCCCCACGUAAUCCGGACCCGUCGCCCCGACUUUCCUUCUCCAAGCCCUCUUGGGUCGUCCGCACUGAGUCCAAUGUUCAUAGAGAAGUAAGAAAAACCCCAGAUCCUCCAUGUGAUUUCUGCACUGGGAGUGGAAGGACUGAUUGCCACUUUUGUCAGGGAAAAGGGAGGACAAACUCUGUUGACAUGGAAAUGCUACCCAAAGGAAAAUGGCCAAGAUGGUGCAAGACUUGUGGUGGAAGUGGUCUCAGUUACUGCUCCCGCUGUCUUGGAACUGGAGAGUACAGGUAUAUAAUGGGCUUUCAUUUCAUGAAGAAGGAUUCAGCAAAUACAAGAGACAAUGUGAGUGUGGUUCAAAGUAAUAAAAAACGACGUACUGUUAAGGAUUUAUAUGAAUAACAACUUAGGAAGUUAUCAAAUUUUGUAAAUGUUGUAUUAACACCUGCGAAUAUGUUGUAGACCUUACAUUUUUCUAGUUUAUCUCUUUCAAGCUCCCCUA